AUGUCAGUUUCAGAUUCCUCAGACCUCAUCGCAGAGCUUGCCUCCAUUCAGAUUGGCAAUUUCUUCGCCGUAGCAGGUGCAGGCUUGAUCGUGUACGAGUUCAUGAUAACCUUCAAUAAGGAGGUGGACCUCUUCUGGAAACGCAAGAUCACCUUGUCGUCUAUUCUAUUCCUCCUUAAUCGCUACCUUCCCUUGAUCGUGAACAUGAUUUAUGCACCAUGGCCAUCUAGUCUUUCUCCAACAACAUACGAAAGCAGGGCGGAAACCCUUGAGAUCUUCCAAUAUCUUCCCUGGGCAGUGUUCUCUGGCUUACGAGCCUACGUGCUCAGUUCUAGAGCGUGGCCACUUGCGCUCUUCGUCUUUGUUCUGAGUCUUGCGCCUGUAGUCAUCAACUACGUUACGCUAGGGUAUGCAGAAGUUUUGUUCGACGCCACGUUAGGCUGCGGUGUCACAAGCCCUCUGACUGAUGCUGUGCAACAAGACUGUGCGUGUGCUGAAGCGGGGACAUAUUUCACUAUCGUAUCUCGGGUUUGUCUUAUCACCUCCGACCUCCUGGUCUUGGCUAUUACUUGGAUGGGAACAUACAAGGACAGUAGAGAGAUGAAGCUGUUGGGCCAAACGACGUCGCUAUCUAGUAUUCUCUUUAGAGACGGCAUAAUGUACUUCUUAGUUCUCCUAAUCAUGAACACCUUGCACCUGAGUUUCUCGUUGCGCUCCAUACUCAAUCAAAACAACGAGAACAACGCUAGUUACAUCACGAUUCUCACCGAACCCAUAACCGCAAUUCUCAUCUCCCGCUUCCUCAUGGACCUCCAGGACGCCAGCAAUGGCAAGGGCCACCAGCACUCCCUGUCGUCCGUCCAGCUCGGCCAGAUCGGCACCCUCGACUUCAACGGAAUCAUCGGCUCUCUGGGCUCUACGCUUGCCGCCCCAGGUGAGGGACAUCCUUUUGAGCCGGCCUCCACUGCGGAAGACAGCAGUGCCACAAGGGCGGACGGCCUCGACUCUUUAUCGGACUCGGGGACUUUCAGUGAAGACACGGCCUCGAGGACGAUAAAUUCUUGUUGA